GCACUUGUAUAGAGGAGUUGCUGAGAUAAGACAGCAGUGCAGCAGUCAGGGCAAAAGGCAGCUAACAAGGGUCAGGGAGACUCCACUUCAAUGGAACUCUCUCCUACAUGAAAGGGAAGAGAGGGCACAAUGGGGGGCCUGUGGCUGUUGGGGUUCUGGCUCUUGCUGCCUAUAGGGUUUCUAUGUGAAGUGAGUGGCAGCCCAGGGGAAGGCAGGAGUGUAUGGGGAGGAAGCUAUUCACUGUACCCCACAAACCAGAGUCAGCUCUUUACUUAUGGCACUUUCCCUUCAGACUUCAUGUGGGGUGUAGGGAGCUCUUCCCUGCAGAUGGAGGACGAUCAUUCCAACAGGGGAGCAUCUAUUUGGGACACAUUGCUGAGAGGCCCCCAGUUAAAUUGGCAGGCAGGCAACAGCACCCAGGAGCAGCCCUCUAAAAGCCCACCUGCACUGGCACAUGCCAUCCUACCAGCCUUGCAGUUUCUCGGAGUGAAUUUUUACCACUUCUCUCUUUCCUGGCCCCGACUGUUCCCAGAGGGGAGUGGGGCCCCCAGCGAGAACGGGGUGCAAUAUUACAACAACGUGAUUGACUCGCUGAUCAGCAACAAGCUGGUGCCGGUGAUCACUCUGUACCACUGGGACUUACCUGUCGCCAUCCAGGAGAGGUACGGAGGCUGGCCCAACCACACUGUCACCCAGCUGUUUCAUGACUAUGCCAAGUUUUGCUUCCACAAGUUUGGGGAUAGGGUGAAGUACUGGAUCACAAUGCACAACCCGUACCUGAUAGCUUGGCAUGGCUAUGGCACAGGGCUCCACGCACCUUGGCAGAAGUGGGACAUGCAGAAGAUUUCUCUAGUGGCACAUAAUCUCAUCAAGGCCCAUGCUAUGGUUUGGCACACCUAUAACACACAUUUCCGCCCACUUCAGAAAGGCUACCUAUCAGUGACACUGGGGUCCCACUGGGUCAAACCAGCGAACACCAGCCGAGGAACUAUAGAGCAAAGUCAGGAGUCUAUUGAAGCCGUCCUUGGGUGGUUUGCCAAACCUAUUCACUAUGAUGGCGAUUACCCAGAAAGCCUCAAAACAAAAUAUCACUUCAUCUUACCAAACUUCACAGAAGCAGAGAAAGCUUUUAUCAAAGGGACGGCAGACUUCUUUGCACUCUCCUUCGGAUCAAAUGACUUUAGUGUGUCAAACAAUGACCAUUCACUUAACCUGAGGGCAAUAUUGAACUGGAUUAAGAUGGAAUAUGACAAUCCCAGGAUUCUCAUCAUGGAAAACGGCUGGUUUUCAGACAGCCCCGUCAGAACAGAAGACACAGUGAUAGUAUAUAUGAUGAAGAAGUUCAUCAAUGAUGUCCUUCAAGCUAUUAAACAUGAUGCUGUAAAUGUGUUUGGAUACACCGCCUGGUCCCUGGCAGACACAUUUGAAUGGCACAAUGGUUUCAAACUCAGACGGGGAUUAUUCUAUGUUGAUUUCCACAACAAAGAUAAACCAAUGACUCCCAAGUCCUCUGCAUUCUACUACAAGCAGGUUGUUCAACAGAAUGGCUUUCCCCAGGGUGACUCUGCCUCGGAAGUGUUUGGUCAGUUCCCAUGUGACUUUAACUGGGGAGUAACAGAAUCUGUUCUAAAGGCUGAGUCAAACCCCUCAUCCCCCCAGUUUAUUGACCGCCAGUUGUAUGUGUGGAAUAUAACAGGAGAUGGCAUCCUGCAUGCGGUACAAGGAGUGAAGUUGAAGACCCGUCCCGCCCAGUGCACCGACUUUACCAGUAUCAGGAAGCACAUAGAAAUGCUGACAAGAAUGAAAGUCACACACUACAAAUUUGCCCUCAACUGGUCUUUGAUUCUACCAAAAGGAGAUUUGUCUCUAAUUAACCGGGAAGUACUAAGAUAUUAUAGGUGCAUGGUAGAUGAGGCAUACCUUCAAGGGAUCAAGACUAUGAUCAUGCUUUACUACCCAACUAAUUCUUUGAACCUUCCAGGACCUUUACUGCAAAAUGGAGGAUGGUUAAACAAAACCAUAACUCAGGCAUUCGCUGACUACGCUGACCUUUGCUUUCGGGAAAUGGGGGAUUUGGUAAAGCAAUGGAUAACUGUUAACGAGCCAAGCAAGUUGGGGCAAUUAUACAGAAGAAGCACUUAUCAGGCUGUGCACAAUGUACUCAUAGCUCAUGCUAUGGCUUGGCACACAUAUGACAAAAAGUAUAGAUCCAUUCAACAUGGGUAUGUUUCAACAGCUCUUCAUGCGGACUGGGCAGAACCUGCUAACCCCUUCAUCAAAUCCCAUACUGAAGCUGCAGAAAGGUUCCUAGAGUUUAAUAUCGCCUGGCUGGCAGAACCGAUUUUUGGCUCUGGAGACUAUCCAAUCCACAUGAGGCAGUACAUUAAUGCCAAGAGACAAAGGGGACUGUCCAAUUCUUCCUUGCCUUACUUCACGCAAGAAGAGAAGCUCCUGGUGAAAGGAUCAGCCGAUUUCUUUGCCAUUAACCAUUUCACCACGUGGCUGGUACGCCAUCAGCCACUGAAUGAUUUCGACCAAGACAUCAAUCCUUUUACUGACGUCACAUGUUUACAUUCUCCAGGCAAAAUGGCAGUAGUUCCCUCUGGGAUGACGAAGCUCCUGAAAUGGAUAAAAAGAAAUUAUGGAGACACCUCUAUCUAUAUCACAGCAAAUGGGAUUGACGACCAUUCAUCCAAAAAUGACGAGAUUCGAAUAUAUUAUCUGCAACAAUACAGCAGGCAUUUAUUACAGGCUUACCGUGAAGAUAAUAUAAACCUGAAAGGCUACUAUGCCUUUAAACUGACUGAUUCUGCAGUACCGCGUUACGGCUUCUACAGCUCUACCAUGAAAGCCAAACCUUCUGUGGACGCUUAUAGUGCAAUUAUUAGUAGGAAUGGCUUUCUACUGGAUCCGUCCGCCAACACCUGCGGAACAAAAAGCAACAGAGCGGAAUGUUCGUUCUGUGUGUUUUUGGAACAGAGGAAAGCACUGAUCUUCUUCAGCUGUUGCCUCAUUUCCACCUCUGUCCUUCUACUGACUGUUACCUUAAUACGAAAAUACAAAAAGAGGCGCAGGAAACUGCAUGCAGAGAAAAGGAAGACUUUAGUCUGUGUAUUGCCUAGAAAGAAAGACAGUUUCAGACGCUGCUGACCACAGGCCUCAAUGGAACUAGUGUGUAUGCUUCAAUUCACUCCAUUUGUUCUAGUACUUUAAAUAAAUCAGGACUUGGCCUUGAUAAUUAUGUUUUCUGAGCUAAUUUGCAAUCAAAAUGUCAUUACAUUGUAGAAUGCUCUUUGGAUAUAAAUCUCACGUAGAGGCAGGAAGGACCCCAAACCUAUGCUUUGGCAGAAAUGUAUUUGACAUAAUAAUUUUUAGGUGUUAUUAGUUUCCUAGCCAUUCCCAGUCUGCAUAUAAGACAAUGGGUAACUGUUUGCCCUCACUUGGAUCCUUAAAGGAACAGUAACAUUAAAAAAUAAAAGUGUUUUAAAGUAAUGAAAAUAUAAUGCAGUGUUGCCCUGCACUGGUAAAACUGCUGUGUUUGCUUCAGAAACACUACUAUUGUUUAUAUAAAUAAGCUGCUGUGUAGCAAUGGGGGCAGCCAUUCAAAGGAGAAAAGGCUCAGGUUACACAGCAGAUAGCAGAUAAGCUCUGUCUGUCUAAUGGUGUUAUCUGCUAUCCAUUAGUUAACAUGUGCCAUAUAGCUAUUAUUCAAUUUCCGCCAUUGCUCCACAGCAGCUUGUUUAUAUGAACUAUAGUAGUGUUUCUGAAGCAAACACAUCAGUU